CGGACGCGCAUCCCUCUCUUUUCCGGGUCUCGGUUACGCUUCGCGAAUAUCGGGCGCAUGUACAAUCAAAACGCGGCUCGAGACGAUUGUGAACGAUCCCGCGAAUUGUGACUGCACGACGCGGAUGAUUGGAGAUUCAGUGAUUGCAUUCCACGGCAUAAAGAAAUCGAUCGAUUCUGCAAUUAUCGGUGGAAUUUACAGCACAAGUCUACGAUAUUCCGAUUGGAUGCAGUUAACUGAUCGGAACGGCGAGGAGAACGAAAUUUCUGAGAUAUUGAACUGCGCGCAGAAAAGUAAAGCUUAACGAUACCGAGGACAUUCGAGCACAGGCACGACAGUGAUUUCAGUGAUAGAUCUUCAUCAUAUAAAUCAUAAUGCGCCAAUUUCUCUAUACUUCUAUCAUUCUUCAGUUAAUGCUGACAAUUUUACUUGCAUUGUCAAGUCAGGCAGUGACGAGGCAAUUACGCGGCAAAAAAAAGAUCAUUGCCAAAGAGACAAAAGAGAUAAAACAGAUAAAUAUCUGUGACAUUCAGGUUCAGCAGGCGCCGAUGUACUGCUACUGCAACAAUAAUGAUCUACAAAAUGCUACAACUGCCAAUUGUUGGGUGAUGAGUAAACUCGAACGUAACGAUCCCAUGUGGAAUUACUUUACGUCACAGAUCCAUCUGGAAGAACUGACGUUUGCGGUGCGCUUGACCGACAGUCUCGACCAUGUGCCUAUUGAACUGCUGCGUCAAUUGAAGAAUUUGCACACCGUUGCAAUCCAGUAUGCAAAAUUUCAUGAGAUCGUCGAGCACACUUUUAGUAAUCUUAACGGUAUCGUCAAGCUCAAUCUCAAUCGCAACAUGAUCAUCACGCUACACAAAAACGCCUUCGAGAACAUGCGGAAUCUUACCGCCAUCGAUCUCGAUGAAAAUCGCAUUUCCGAGAUUAAUAGAGACACGUUUGUGAAUUUGCCGAACCUGCGUAAGCUGUCUCUAAACCAUAACAAUAUUAGCAUCGUGCACGAUAAAGCAUUUAAGCAUUUGAAUUCACUUCAAGAGCUUGAGCUAAACAACAAUCAAAUCACGAGCAUUACGCAUGAAACUUUCUAUGGUUUGCGCAAUCUGCAAUGUCUCGGCCUCAGCAACAAUGAGAUCUCCAUGAUUGGAAGACGGAGCUUUGCCGAAAUGCCGGAGCUAAUCGAGCUUGAACUUGGUCAUAACGCAAUUACAUAUAUAUCUGAAAAAGCAUUCGAUGGUAUGCACAAUCUUCAAAAGCUGCGGCUCAGCGAGAAUCUGCUAGUCAAGUUGCCGCAAGAUUUCCUGGUUGGUGCACCUGGUAUUUACUUCUUGGAUUUGAGGAUAAAUAAUUUGAAGACCAUGACUUUUGAUAAUAUUAAACCUAUCAUAACCAAUCUUUACGGCAUCAAUAGUCACUUUUAUCUGAACGACAAUGACUUGACCUGCGACUGCAAACUUACAUGGAUCUGGGGUCUACGAAAUGAAACAAAGAAUACAAAAUUAAGAGAUGCCCUAGAAGAGUUAAUUUGCUUUCUUGAGAGCAGUAACGCAACGCAAAAGAUCAACAACGGCGGUCUAGGAAAAAAUCAAUCGCCUGAAAUUGCUAAAGAAUAUUCCGCUGAUUCGAGAGAUGAUAGUAACGAGUACAAUGAGCCCGACGUCAACAGUUACAAUGACGAGGUCAAUGACGAGGAAAAUUUCUCUUCAAAUUCGAAUUUUGACGAUAAGAUCAGCGACAAAAGGUGCUGUAUGAAGCAUUUGUUCGAAUUAAAGCCGGAGGAAUUACCAUGUCCGGAGCUUUCGCGGGAAGAUUUAAUGGCCUCCGAGCAACCAUCCAGCCGCCAUGAAAAUGCACGUGUCGGUUCUUCUGGCUCUAGCUGGUUUAAUUCCGGUUCUAUCUCAGUUCAGUCUGGUCAGUCCGUCCUCGCUAUCCUCUCAUUGUUAUUGCUAUCUAUACUUUUUUUCACAUAGAACCAACUAUAUGUAUUCAAGAAAGCAACAUAAAGCGUCAUUCGGCGUCCCGAUAUCCUCGAAUGAGCAAAAAGAAAAUCGCACAUAAAUAAAACUGAAAUGUAUGACAGAUGUGUGCAUGUGAAAACGUUCGUGUAUGUGCAUAUGCACUUAUAUAUGAAAAUUAACACUGACUUGAGAUGUACCUUCGAGAUAUCCCAAAGCGCUUCUAAUUAUUGUUUAAUGUAUGAAGACUGUCUGAAAAAAUUCGCGAGUUAAAAAAAUGUCGCACACAAAUGUGGUUGCAUAUCAAAUAAAAUGUCACUAAGUCAUGUCAUCUGUCCAAACUACAAAAUAUG